AUGGAUUCAGGUAAAAAGUCAAAAAAGAGCUUAAUGUCUGAAGACGAAAUUUUACAAAAUUUAGGCAGAUGAGGUGGCUUAGAAGCUGAACAAAUCAUAGAAAAAACAAGUGUGACCAAAAUUGAAAUUUCUUUAGAAGUCCUCGACAAUAUGAGCUUUUUAAGUUCCUUUGAAAAUAUUCGAAGCUUGACUUUGGUCGCUUUAAUGAUUGAAAAAAUAGAAGGGCUUAAUCACAUGCAGUUCCUAGAAGAAGUCUGGCUUGACCAAAAUUUUAUUUCGAAAAUAGAAGGAUUAGAAUUUUCAGUCAACCUAAAAAGGUUGCAUAUCUCUAAUAACAAAAUCGAAAUUAUAGAAGGCCUCGAGAACUGUGAAAACCUAGAAGUCCUCUGGCUUAAUGAAAACAAAAUAGACAGCUUGGACGGACUAUGGCGGCUUAAAUCAUUAAAGCAGCUUUGAGUCGCCAAAAACAAAAUCGUCAAAAUCGGCUCAACAUUGACAAAUCUAAAGAAACUUUAUGAUCUUAACCUGUCAGGAAACUUAAUUGGGAGCUUUAAAGACGUCCUGAACUUAAAAAGUCUGCCAGCCCUUGACAUUUUGACUCUAAAUGACCCUCAUUUUACUGAAAAUCCAGUCUGUAAUUUGUGCAAUUAUCAGACGUUUAUGAUUUUUCAGUUCCCAAAAGUAAAGAAAUUGGAUACUUAUAGUAUCACAGACGAGGCCAGAAGCUACGCAGAGGCUACUUUUUUGAAGAAACAGAUGUAUUAUAAUAUGAGGAUAAAAACAAUCAAAAGGACAGCUUCAAAUAUAAAAAUUGCACUUACAAAUUUAGCACAGAAAUACCAGCAGUUUUUAUUUGAUGAUCUUCUACCACUCGAAAAAGAACUCAAAUUAACUGAAAGCGAGUGCGAAAAUAGGAUGAACCCUAAAGAAAGCAUUGGAGAAUUGUAUAUCUAUAAUCCCGCAAAUGCUUUAGACUCUGAGCCUAUAAGUGUAAUAAUCCCCAAACUCCAAAAAAAGACCCAAGCUCUGCAAAAAGAAAUAUCCAGGGAAUAUAAAAACAUUAAAAAUGUUGACAAUAUCUGCCAUUUACUUCAGCACAAAGUAGAAAGAAUGUGCAAAGAAAACAUAAAUCGGCUUAUCACAGAGCUAGACACAGGUGGGAAUAUUAGGUUUGAAGAAGGCAAACCUGCCGAUAACUGAUACACAAGCUGCGUGGAUUUAUUGUUAUCCCGUUAUAAAGGGCUACCACAAGUAAAAGUCACCAAAGUUACGAGGAUCCACAACCGAUUCUUGAGAAAUCGCUUUGAAGAGAAGCUGGACCAGGUCACUGACACGUCAAGCUCUACCUAUAAGCGGAGUUUAGAGUACUUAUUUUAUGGGAUUGACACAAAUUUACCGUCAGAAAUCCAUAGGGUUAUGGAAGAAGGGUUUAGAACUCCUGAUGAGUAUAGAGAUAUAAACCUCCCAGGGUGCAUCCCGCUAGUAAAUUCAGUGCAGACUGCUGAGCUGUCAAGGCUGAGAAGCUGUGAUAUAGAGACAGAUAGGAUUUUUCAGUCUUCAGGGCAGCUGCUGAUAUGUAAAGUGUUUAUUGGGGAUGGAGUAGAAGAAAGCAAGGUUUCUACGUAUAGGAGCAAAAUGACAGUAGCAGAAGCCUGGCACCAGUUGCCUGUUAUGCUUAUUUGAAAAAUAAUUGCUUUGAAUAUACAAUAAAAGGCCUUUUUUAUAAUAAGUAUAGAAAAUCAAUACUAUAAGCUUAUAAUAAGGUAUUUUUACUAGGCAUAGACCAGAAGGAAAGUGCUGAGCAGUACACAGAACCCGAGAAGAUGACCCAAAAAUCAAGCUUUGGUUUAUAUUUGACAAUACAUUGGUAUUACCAGAAUACCUAGUAGAGUUUGAAUAUGUAGGAGGAAAUCUAAGCCUAAAAGAAAUCCCAGAAGGCUUAGAAACUGAAGAACUUGAAAAAUCUGAGCUAAGCUCUUUCACCUUAUCUUUAUCUGCAUUUAUAGAUCUCUGCAAGACAGACCAUGAAAUCAAACAUAUAAAAAUCGACCCAAAACUGCCUAAAAGGUCUACAAUUGCAGAAAUAACUGAGCAGGCAUUGUAUAAAGCAUCAAAAGAGCUGAAUAUUUUGAAUAUCACUAGUCUAAAUUUAUCGUGCAAUAAUAUCAGUAAUUUAUCAGCAAUAAAAGCGGCAGAAAACCUAGAACAUCUUUGCUUGAGUUUUAACUGUGUUGAGUCAAUAGAAGACUUAAAAGGCUGCUAUAACCUAAGAAAGCUUGAUUUAAGCCACAAUUUAAUUACCUGGCUUGACUAUGUAGAAGGACUGGUCUCUCUUGAAGCACUGCAUAUUUCUCACAACAAUAUUGCUGAUAUAAGAAAUUUAUUCAAGCUAAACCAUGUAAAAGAACUAUACUCUUUUAUUAUAAUUAUAAGGAUUACUAAUGAAUUUCUUAUAAUAAAAGAAUUUUUAGUCUAUAUAAAAAAGCAGCGUAUAUUAAAACUGUCAAUGAUUGGAAACCCUAUAGCUUCUCAUACAAGAUACAGACAGCUUAUUCUAAUAUCAUCAAAAAAACUGGCUAUGCUGGACUGAGAAAAAAUUCCUUCAGACGAAAAAGAAGAAUUCAGCAGCCAAAGCACAAUCUCAAUUACCCUGGAUAUGGUGAAGUCUCAAUCCAGCUUUGAAAUUGAUAUAUUUUCUAAGCCAAAAACAGAUUGGAUUAUGUCACAAGAAAAAUUAAUCCUAAACAACCAAAAAUUAACAACUUUGCAAGGCGUCGAAAUAUUUAACAACCUAAAAGUACUUUCCUGUGCAGGAAAUAUGAUAAAAGAAAUCGCAGGGCUCAAUAGAUGUAUACUGCUAGAAGAGCUGUGUUUAGAAAAUAACAUGAUUUCUAUAAUAGAAAACUUACAAAGUCUAGUGUAUCUGAAAAAGCUUAAUCUAGGCAGAAAUUUUAUCAGUAAAAUUGAGAAUUUAAAGGACUCAAAAUGCCUCACACAGCUUUCGCUCGAGGACAAUUUAAUUGAGUCACUGGCAGGUGUUGAAGAUUUACAAGGGAUUAUGGAGCUUUAUAUAUGAAAUAACAAACUUUCUAACCUAAAAGAAAUUCUGCUGCUAAAAGGGCUGCCAAAACUUAUGAUUUUAGAUAUAUACGGCAACCCGCUUUCUAAAGAGCAGAAUUCCCGACUUUAUAUGAUUUUUAACCUGAAAAAGCUUAAGGUGUUAGAUGGGGUUGGGGUAGAAAGUUCAGAGCAGCACUACGCUAAAGAGUCAUACGGCGGAAAACUAAGUGAAGAUAUAUUACAGAGCCGCUUAAAUGGGAUUCAUCAGUUUGAUAUAAGAGUAUUAGAUUUAUCGUCAGCAAAACUGAAAUCUUUUGACAAUGUGUUUAACCAAGAAUUAUUCCCUAACCUUGUAGAACUCAAUUUGACGGAUAACCAUUUAGUAUCUUUAAGGUGCUUUGGGUUUAUGCCGAGGCUUGCUAAGCUGCAGCUAUGCAAAAAUAAAAUCGAGUCUUUAAGCUGUAACGAUGCUAAAGGGAUUUCUGCGCUACCGAAUUUAGAAGCGCUAGAUUUGUCGUAUAAUAGCUUAGAAAGCUUAUAUGGGCUGCAGUUUGGAAAGCUCUCACUACUAAGAGUGCUGGUGUGCUCUAAUAAUCAGAUAGAAAAUAUUGAGUACUUGGAAAAUCUGAUUAAUUUAAGAGAAUUGGAUUUGGCUGCAAAUAAUAUAAAACAAAUAGAUUUCAAUUCAUUAGCAAAUCAGCCAAAUUUAAGAUUUCUAAGACUUGAUGAAAAUAGGAUCCGAAGUUUAUCAAAUCUUGGGCAUCUAGCCAAACUGCAGUGUUUACAGAUCGCUUCUAAUAGAAUUCAAGACUAUUUAGAACUUGAUAAGCUAGGAGACCUGAAUAACUUAAUGGAGCUUGGAAUUUCAAAUAACCCAAUUUCCAGGAAAACUCCAUACAGGAUCAGCGUAUACUAAAUUGCCCUGGAUUUGCCUUAAUAAUGAUUUUUUAAUAAAAAAAAUAAUUCAAUUUAAUUCAGCAUAAUCAAAAGAAUCCCCCAGCUCAUGUUUUUAGAUGGCCAAGAUGUGACUCCAGACGAAAAAGAAAAAAUUGAUAACGUUCAAGAUGUAAAGCCAUCACCAUUAGUCCAUCUUGCCCCACAGAAUAUAAAUAAAUUAGCUGGAAUAAAGCUGACUUCUGUCAACCUAGACACAGUUUUUGGGAAAAGUGAGAGGGAACAGAAUAAAAAACCUCCGAGCGCGCAGCUUGGAAAUGUGCUGGGCGUGACACCUUUGACAAGUCUUCUAAAAGGCAAAGGGCCUAAAGGCAGAAGAUAA